UUUAUAUUAUUUUCUUUUACAGAUGACUGCACUUGACGAUUGGACAGCUGGCACUCCUAUUGGUGCUCUUAUCCCUACUUCUGUUUAUCCUGCUGUCACUCUUUUGACUGUUUCCACAGGUGUGUUUGCAGCUGGUACCUUUAUCAUUCAAGGCAAUAAGACACCUAUUGUUCAGCAACUCCAGACAGCUGUUGUUGCUUCUGUUUUGCUUGGAGUGGGUACUAUCUUUGCAGCCAAUGCAGCUGGCCUUUAUCUCUAAUGAACAUCUUCCUCCUAUGAAAAUUGAAAAAGGAGAUCAUUCAUUAUUGCUCCUAAAAGACGAAUAAAUAGCCCUUCCUUCUUCUU